AUGUUGGCCACUGAAUCCGAUCGCAGCUCUGGAAGCCUAUCUCUUGAAAACGCUGACAAGAUAUUAGUUAAUAUUGUGGAAAACGAAAUAGGUCAAAGCGAGGAUCAGAUCGAAGACAAAGUCACCACAUCACGUGAUGCAGAUGUUACGUUAGGAUUUCUGCUUGACAAUAAUGUUUUGGUACCAGCCGUCAGUUAUGAAGAAGAGAGGCGCUUAGCGAGGAAGGUUUUGUGGACUAUCGUGCCUCUGUGUGCUCUCAUAGAUUUUGUGCUUUACGCUGACAAGGCCACUGCGUCGUACACCUCCAUUUUCGGCAUGUGGAAAGACACAAACUUGGAUCAAAACAAGUACAGCAACUCCACGACCUUGUUUUAUGUUGGUUUUAUCAUAGGCCAAGUAAAUUUACUUUUUCUCCAAAAGUUCCCUGUGGGGCGCGUGGUAGCCGCUUUGAGCUUUUUUUGGUCCCUUAUAAUAUAUUUGCAUACCGUAACAACCAGUUACCAGGGCAUCUAUGCUCUCCGAUUUUUCUUAGGAUUUGUCGAAGCGAUAGCAGUACCAGCUCUCAAUGUUACAAUGGGCCAAUUUUUGACUGCGGAAGAAAAAAGCUGGACUGCUCCUUUAUUCUACACUACUUGCUUGGGAAACGAGAUAGUUGUUGGCUUUAUCGCUUUCGGAAUUUUACAUGCAAAACCGGCGUUUGCUAUUUGGAAGCUUUUUAUGAUUGUAAUUGCUACUAUAAGUCUUCUCGUAACAAUUUUGGUCCUGUUCUUGUAUCCCAACAAUCCGACAGACGCACGUUUCUUGAAUUUGAAAGAGAAAAUCUGGGUAAUUAGAAGAGUCCAAAGGACAACAGGAUCCUCAAUCGAGCAGAAGGUCAUUAAAAAACAGCAAAUCAUCGAAGCUUUGAAAGACCCCGUUUCUUGGCUAUUCUGCGCCUUUUUUUUCUGCAACCAGCUUUCGAACAACCUUGUUUAUCAAGAGAAGUUGCUGUUUAAGGAAAUCGGAAUUUCAACGUUAGGGUCUACUCUAGUUUCUGUCGCAUACGGCAGUUUUUCUGUGACUUGCGCUGUUAUAGCGUCAAGCAUCAUUCGAAAGAAAAAGAACUCAACCGCUUACUCGGUGGUAUUUUGGACUCUCUUUCCACUUGUUGGCAGUAUCGCAAUGGUCACCUUACCUUGGGAUAGAACGUAUGCACUUUUAGCCAUGAUUUGUAUUUGUGCGCCUAAGGGGAUUGCCUGGAUAUUGAUGUUUAGCUGGACUUCCACCUCAACUUCCGGUCACACUAAGAAAAUUACAAGAAACGCACUGAUCAUGUUUUGGUAUGGAGUUGCUAAUAUUAUUGCGCCACAACUCUGGAGGGCAAAUGAUGGGCCCAGAUAUUAUCCCGCUUGGAUUGUCCAGAUUGUUUUCGCAUUUUUUUUGGCACCAAUAUCUGCAUUGGCUAUUCGGUACAUUCUGGCCAGAAGAAAUGAAGAAAGGAAAUCGUCCUUAGACGGCGGAACACCGCUAGGUUUAAUCAAAAGCACGGAUAUAGAGUCUGCUUCCACCAUCAAAGGUAAUAUUGCGCUUCUCGAUCUCACUGAUCUUGAAAAUGACCACUUUAUAUAUCCAUUGUAA